AUGGAACCCGACGGGGCGGGCGAUGGCUGGGUCCGCCCGGCGGGGAAGAGGCGGCGGCGGCGGCGCAAGAAGGGGGCGCGGGAGGGCAGCCCGGAGCUUGGCUCGGUGGAACUGCAGCGGCGGCGGCUGCAGGAGGCUCGCUCCGAACUGCAAAGCUCAGAGUUCUGGGAUUCUAGUCUAGGAACCAUCUUAAACUCUCUCAGGAAACACCUGUUGGCCGGGCGGACAGACCCCGAGCCCACAGUGGAGAAAGCGCUCGGUGCCUUAGAGAACCUGUGUCUCACCGCACCAGCUGAGACAGUCCUUGAACCCACCACCCAGCCACCGCAAAAACCCAACGGCGGAGUGGGCGGCUUGGAGUGCGUGUGCUACGGUGUCGGGAACUUCUCCUCUUGCGUCAAGGCGCGCUACCAGCUGGCCUUCCUGCUGCUGCUGCUGCAGCACCUCGAGAUCCCAGAGAAUCGGUGUUUCGUGUUUGACCCUGUCUUCGCCACAUUGGAAAUCGAAGUCCUUCGGGAUCUCGGCCUGACUGUGCUCUUGGAGAACGAGGAGGGGAAACGGCCUGUCCGCGAUCCUACCGUCUUCUACAUGAUUCACUGUGGGAAGGCUCUGUACAACAACCUGCUGUGGAGCAACUGGUCCGCAGAGGCCCUCUCCAAAACGGCCAUCAUUGGGAAUAGCUUCAAGGGCAUCGAAGAAAGGGUGCUGACCAAGAUAUUCCAACAGGAUUAUUGUUACAUCGCAAAGGUUUUAACAGCGACCCACGAAGACGCCUUUCCUUCUCACCGACAAUAUCUGGACGUCUUUAAUGACACCUCUGUCCACUGCUUCCCUUUGCACAAACUGAGGGACCUUCCCCGAGAGGUCUGGGAGUUCCACGAAGAGCCAGUUUACCGGGAUGAAGAUCAGGUAGAGAUCGUCAGGAAGAAACAAUGACAGCACUGCCGUUCCAGAGGAUGUAAAGGAGAAGCAGGCCCAGACUUAAGCCAGUUACCUGUCACUAGCUGAGGACUAACAAACCACGUUAUCUAUGUUUUGGGGUUUGGACGCUGAACCGUUCUGCAGGAGACCAAAGAUAAACAGACGGCGAGCGCGAGUCGUGAACGAGCUCUGCGAAGGCUCCGCUUCUCACGUUCUCUUACCAAUGGAGCUUGGAACGAGACAGGGGCAGAGCCUGCUUGAGGCUUCAUCUCUCUUCCACUCUGGUGUCGUUCCUCACGCGGGAGAGGGAGUUUCCCUUCUCUUGUGGGUUAAAAGGAGGCCAAGUUGUGAUCAUGCCAGGACUCAAGCAGGAUUGGGCUCCUGUUUCCCCCUUCAGGGCCUGUGCCAU